AUGCCUUCCGCCGCUGUCCAACCCAAGCAAAUCCUGAAGCGAGCACCGUCACAGAAGGAAUACGAGUUUCUGCAAGAAUGGGCUCCCGAGACUCUCAUGAACUACGAAGUGCCAUCCCAACCUCCUCAGGCUACUCCAGUCAAAGAACAGGGCAUGCCCAAUCAUAGACAUCCUAGAUUGCGCACCUCUUCCUUGUAUGAAGACUGGAAAGCUCACGCUGCCUCCUCUCAGGGAGAGAACGCGAACAAGGAAUGCAGUCCUUCUCCCCACGCCUCGGCACAGAAGAUUGACCACUUGCCACAACCUGCGAGCUUGAAGGCUGCCCCAGUCAUUGCUGAGAAACCACAUCAUUGUUUGCAGUCCAGAACAAACGCGAAGGGCUCUCAGCAAGUCGGCUCGAAGAGUAAUACUCUCCAUUCUCAUCACUACGCUCAACCUACUGUAAGCGCUAACAAUCGAUUUAACACUGUGCAUGCGGGUGAUAGAAAGUCAUCCAAGUUGGUUGCUGAACCUGUCAACGUUCCGCACGAAUCACAACAGACGUCACGACCUAGCUCUUCUAGUCCUACAACACCAGAGGUCUCUAUAUCUGUGCACAAAUUUAAAGGCAUACUCGCUGCUGAGGUUGAAGAGCUACACCACCCUCGCACCUCGAAUUUGUCCGCAGCAAAAGUAUCCAAGCCUGCGGAGAAAUUUAAGCCCAGCGAUGAAAGUCAGCAGAAACAGAACCUGAACGGUCCGACUCUCAACGCAGUACAGACAUCCAAGCGUACAGAAUUCACCAAGAAAGCCGUCGAAGGCAGACAGAAGCCACGGACUGGGUCUUCUGUUUGCUAUACCGCACCUAAUGGUACUCGUUUUCCUCGUCACAAUGACUUGCUCAAAUGGUCAAUCGGAGUGAAGAAUCAACACAAUGAUCUUGUGAUUUUCAUGCCUGUCUUCGUCGAGAGCCCAUGGAAGGGCCUUAAGCCUAUUUUGACCACAUGUGCUUCGCGUUACUGGUAG